AAAGUGCCGGAAGCAUUCAGUUUGUCCAAAAUGGCUUACCAGACACUACAACAGGAGUACUUACAGAUUCCGGUUGUUACCAGGGCAUAUACAACCGCCUGUGUCCUCACAACUGCUGCAGUGCAACUAGAGAUCAUUACACCAUUUCAGCUAUACUUCAAUCCGGAUUUAAUUCUAAGGAACUAUCAGGUAUGGCGACUAAUAACCAACUUCCUGUUUUUUGGUCCGGUUGGCUUCAAUUUCCUGUUCAAUAUGAUUUUUCUGUACAGAUACUGUCGUAUGCUAGAGGAGGGCUCUUUCAGGGGACGCACGGCUGACUUUGUCUUCAUGUUCCUCUUUGGUGGGCUUCUGAUGACUAUAUUUGGCACUUUUGUGAGUCUGGUAUUUCUGGGCCAAGCCUUCACUAUCAUGCUGGUGUACGUGUGGAGUCGACGAAACCCAAAUGUCCGCAUGAACUUCUUUGGCCUGCUGAAUUUCCAGGCACCCUUCCUUCCCUGGGUCCUGAUGGGAUUCUCGCUCCUGCUGGGCAACUCCAUCAUUGUGGAUCUUUUAGGUAUUGCUGUUGGUCAUGUGUACUUCUUUCUGGAGGAUGUUUUUCCCAACCAGCCAGGUGGUGGUAGAUGGCUCAAGACCCCAUCUAUCAUAAAGAUGCUGUUUGACACACCAGAAGAAGAUGCCAACUACAACCCCCUGCCUGAGGAGCGCCCGGGAGGGUUUGCCUGGGGUGAAGGACAGCGCCUUGGAGGUUAAAUAUGCCCCUCGAUCGUCCCUGAUUGUCAGGUCACUUCCAAGGACAUUCCCUCAGAGAGGUGAAGGGGACAAACAUGGUCUUUGUUUUUGACUUGUUUGUUUAGUUCUGGAUGAAGAAUGCCAAACAACCAGAGCUGGUUUGAGGAUAACCGUCUGUUGUCUUUGUGUAUGGGCUUAAAUCAUCCCCAGAAACUCUUCUUGAUGCAAGAUUGUUGCUCUAAGACUAUUUGGGAGAACACAAGCUGCUCGGAUUGAACUCUGGAUGGUGAGCCUUUGGGCUUGAGUGAUGUUUGUCUUCAUCUCCAAAAAAAAAUUUGAUAUACAGUUGUCAUACGAAAGAGAAAAAAUGACAGCAGUAAAAUAGCAAAUUGAAUUAAUUCAGAUGCCGAGUGCAUUUUUUUUUCUCAUUUCACUUUUCUAAAAAAAUAAAUAAAUGUGUGUGUGGCAAAUGA